AUGCAUCGAUAUAUGGUAGGAGCAGCAGAUUGUCAUGCAUUCAUUCAGAAUAAUAAAAAUCAUCUUUCAAGCCAAUGCCAAGGGAGCUUAAAAUCAUUUGAUCCAACACAUGGAGUUGUUCCAGUUUGUGAUGGUCGUCUGCUUCGUAAUAUAGCAGACAAAUAUAUUUUCGUCGUACAACUAUAUAAUUACACUAAAAAAUGGUGUGUUGAUGGCCUCCAUCCAAUGCUCAUCUAUUUUAAUAUAACUCAAAUUAUUCAAUGUGAACGAGCAAUUAGACAAGGACUAAAGAGCAAUCCUGAAGCUUAUUCUACAUAUGAUAGUCUUAGCCGUAAUUUACUUCGUGUUUAUGUGCAGAAUCUAAAUAAUUAUCGUGACUGUGACGAUCCUCGAUUAUGGGAUGAUGAAGAAAGCGAACAAACCAAUUCAUCAACGACAAAAAUUUAUAUGGCUGAUAAUUGCCCGUAG